AUGCGCCUUCUCAACGUCUACACUCUUGGCCUGACGACAUUCAUGGGCGCGGACGAGGACAUUCCGCCCUACGCCAUCCUUUCGCACACCUGGGACCAAUCCGAGGUCACGUUUGAGGAUAUGCAAAGCUGUGCGCGAGCGUCCCGGGAUGGCUUGGACUACAUAUGGAUCGACACCUGCUGCAUCGACAAGAGCAGCAGAGCGGAGCUCUCCGAGGCAAUCAACUCCAUGUUUAGAUGGUACCAGCAAUCGUCCGUUUGCUACGUCUACCUAAAGGACUUUGAGGUUUCAGGACGCGUGGAUUUCUGCGCCUCGCGGUGGUUUGACCGAGGCUGGACGCUCCAGGAGCUCAUCGCCCCGAGAAAUGUCGUCUUCUUGGACCAGAAAUGGGUCUUUACGAGCCGGCAUUGCAUGUGCUCGUCCGAGCCCCUUUCGUCGUUGCGCAACGGGAAGUGCGAGGCGUGCAAUGCAAAAGACAACCUCCCCGAUAUCCUCGGGUCCUUGAACGCCUCGGUCAUCAUGGGCUGGGCUGCGAACCGCUCAACCACUCGCACCGAGGAUGCUGCCUACUCCCUCAUCGGCCUCUUCAACGUCAGCAUGCCGCUGCUCUACGGCGAGAGGGACAGGGCCUUUAUGAGACUCCAGGAAGCCAUCCUGGCCCGUUCCAACGACCAUUCCAUUCUGCUAUGGAGGGCAAAGCCGGACUCCGACGGGGGCCGACUACGGCCUGGCUGCCUCGCACGGUCGCCGAAAGCUUUCGCGUUUGCACCGCCCAUUGUGCCACAGCGGGAGUACUACGACUUUGAAAACGAGAUGAUACCACGACUCGCCGUGGGGCUCUCUGACAACGCUGAGCCUAUGCAAGUGUCGGAGACCAUGCUGACCGUCACGCUCUGGCUUUGUCCCUGUCGAGCUGGACACCCGUUUGACGACGUUAGUCCUGAGACCCCGGGGGCGGAUGAUUGGACGCUUGGCAUCUUGAACUGUAACAGUGCUUCCGAUUAUUUUGUACGACCGGCGAUACUGCUCUCUCACAUGGGCGCAAACCUCUAUCGUCGAAUCGCCUGUGACGCCAUCUUUCUCGUUAAUCCCCGGAGCUUACCAUCCACACCUGUCACGACGACGCUCUCGAUAUACCAUCGACAUCCAAACACGCCAGAUCCAGGCUCGAACUGGACCGUCAUAGAGCACCUCUCGAUGGAACAGGGCUUACGGAAACAAGUCAAACUUCUCGUUCGACCCGCGGGGCGGACUCCUGGCAAGGCAUAUUCCUCAAGGGAUGCCGUCUGCUGCGUGGUCAAUCAGCCACAGCGGUGCUGCCACUCUGUCACGACCAGGAUAGUGGGAGGCUAUCCGACAAUCUAUUCGCACGACUCUUUGCCACCGACGGUGCCGAUGCUGCGGGGCCUUGUCAAAUAUGACUGCAGCCGUGGCUUGGGUCUUAUCGGUGGCAUCCAUCUUUUCGAGGUGGCCGUACCAGCCGUGGGCUUGAGAGUCGGCAUCUAUGUUAUUUGGGGCCUUCAUCACCACCAUCCAGUGUUGCACCAAGGAGUCCAGCAGAGCCUGGCAGAGAAGCCUUGGUGUCGCCUUUUUGAUUCCACGAGCUUUGGUAGAGACUCAGGCAUCCCAAUCCGAGAGCACGAGGGAGAUGAUUUGCGGUAUCAAAAGCAGCUCUACACUUGGCUGCUGCGUAAUAGCAGAGAUGCAAACUGGCAAGUAAUGGUCCAGCGCGGUCUUCUCAAGAAAGUGCUGCCGGAUCUGGCCGACGGCGAGCGGUCUGCUGCGGACAGGAUGCUGGACCUGUUUCCCGAGUCCGAAAUGCGGAUGGGCUUGAGCGCGAGGAUGAACAUGGUGCAGGGGUUAGGAAUAAGGUCCAACGAUAUCGAGCUGACGCUUUUUACGCCCGAGUGCAGUGGCUGGCGAAGUGACGCGUUUGACGGAAGUCAGAAAGACCAGGUGUUGGAAUAUGAUCCCUCGCUAACCAGCUCCAAGCAGAAGCAACGGCUUAGACUGUGGAGCAGAUGGCCAGCGAGAAAGAAAAGUGGUCAAGACGCAACAUCGGCCAGCCCGCGCGCAGAUGCGCCCGGCGUGUCGAAUAGCUCGUAA